GUUGGUGGUUUGUGAGCACAGCAGAGGAGCAGGGCUGGGUCCCUGCAACAUACCUGGAAUCCCAAAAUGGAACCAGAGAUGACUCUGACAUCAACACAUCCAAACUUGGGGAAGUUUCUAAGCGACGCAAGGCUCAUCUGAGACGCCUAGACCGGCGAUGGACGCUGGGCGGGAUAGUCAACAGGCAGCAGAGUCGAGAAGAGAAAUAUGUCACUAUCCAGCCGUACGCCAGCCAGGGGAAGGAUGAGAUUGGGUUUGAAAAAGGGGUCACCGUGGAGGUCAUCCAAAAGAACCUCGAAGGAUGGUGGUACAUAAGGUACCUAGGCAAAGAGGGCUGGGCCCCAGCUUCAUACCUGAAGAAGGCUAAAGAUGAUCUUCCAUCUAGGAAAAAGAACUUAACCGGGCCAGUGGAAAUCAUAGGAAACAUCAUGGAGAUCAGUAACCAAUCAUCCACUGACAAGGAAACUCAAGCAGAAAACGAGACUGCAGAAACCCAUAUCACCAAGAAGGAAAUCAGUUUGCCCAUCCUGUGCAAUGACUCUAAUGGCAAUGCCAUGAUGACCCCAGACAAGCAGGCUUCCAAACUGGCCCAGGGAUCCCCAGCCAUAGCAAGGAUAGCACCACAAAGAGCUCAAAUAAGCUCUCCAAAUCUAAGAACAAGGCCGCCCCCACGAAGAGAAUCCAGUCUGGGUUUUCAGUUGCCCAAACCACCAGAGCCACCCUCUGUGGAAGUGGAAUACUACACCAUUGCGGAGUUCCAGUCAUGUAUCUCUGAUGGCAUAAGCUUUCGUGGAGGACAAAAAGCAGAGGUUAUAGAAAAGAAUUCUGGUGGCUGGUGGUACGUGCAGAUUGGAGAGAAGGAAGGAUGGGCUCCAGCAUCUUACAUUGACAAGAGGAAGAAGCCGAAUUUAAACAGAAGAACCAGUACUUUAACCCGCCCAAAAGUUCCUCCCCCAGCACCUCCCAGUAAACCAAAAGACUCUGAAGAAGGAACAACUUCUGGAAUGGUUUCUUCAGGAGAUGCCCCCCAGGACUCUCCCCACAAGCUGAAAUAUGAAGAACCCGAGUAUGAUGUGCCUGCCUUUGGCUUUGACUCGGAGUGUGAAGUGAGUGAAAGUCAUCGUGAAGAGGGCGCUCCUGAAAAACGACUGUUUCAGCCCCUCAAGCCCUCUCCUGUGUCAUCACUUCAGAAAGCAAAGUUCAAAGUAGGAGAGUCUUCAGAAGAUGUUGCUCAUGAAGAAGAGACCAUCUAUGAGAAUGAGGGAUUCAGGCGUUAUGUGGAAGAUGCUUUGUCCAACAAGGAAUCCAGUGGAGACUCGGAUUCUCAGAAAAGCUCCUCUCUGUCCUUGAUCAGAAGAAAUUCUCCAUGUUCCAGCUCUCCUAAAUCAUCACUUGUGAAGCUCAAGAUGGACAAGAACAUCCAGCCUGAUCUUGGAAAAUGUCACUAUUCUAGGAGCGAGGAGACUAAACCGAGGUCAGCUUCAGAUGUUGGCUUGCGUAGCAUGCCAAGAACAGGCGUGAAGAAAGAGCCUGGGCAAAGUCCUUCUAUUAGAGCAAAGCCAAUUGUUAGGCCCAAACCCUUCCUGAACAAGGCAGACUCUCAGAGCCAAGAAAAGAUGGAUAUCAGCACUUUAAGGCGUCAGCUGAGGCCAACUGGACAACUCAGAGGUGGACUUAAAGGUUCAAGAAGCGAAGAGUCUGAGAGCCCCCCACACACAGCUUCUGAGAACCAAGAUGAUCCUGUUAGGAGGAGCUCAGCUGAUCUCAUUACAGCUCCUACUCGUGGCAUUUUCUGCUCUAGCCAUCCAGCCAAAACUGAGCAAGAAAAUGACACCAGGUGUUUCUAUGUGACCACUGACUCAUACCAAAAGGUACAGGAUUCUGAAAUUUGCUUCCCAGCAGGUGUAGAAGUGGAAGUGCUGGAAAAGCAAGCCAGUGGAUGGUGGUACCUGAAAUAUGGAGACACGGAAGGCUGGGCUCCUUCCCAUUAUUUGGCUCUCCCUGAUAACCAGCAAGAAACUACAUCAGCAGAGACUGAUGCCUCAUUUGCCAGGAACAGGAAAAAUGAAAACAAGUCAAACAGUUUAGAGAAGAUAGAGAAGAGAGUUCAGGCUUUGAACACCAUCAACCAGAGCAAACGUGCAACACCACCUAUCCCUAGCAAACCUCCUGGCGGUUUUUCAAAGCCAUCAGGGCCAGUCAAAAUGAGGAAUGGUGUAAGGCAACUUGCCGUCCGGCCGCAGUCAGUGUUUGUGUCUCCACCACCAAAGGAUAACAACCUGUCAUGCUCCUUGCGCAGAAAUGAGUCUUUAACAACUACAGAUCAUCUUAGGACCGUCCGUCGUAAUUCCUCCUUCAGCAACGCAUGGUCACAGCCUGGGGACACGAAGGGAAAGCAGCCUGAGCGGUCAGGUACGGAGGGCUCGGAGACCACCUCCAACCUCCCUUCCCAGAGGAAUGGGAUUCCUGUGUCCACAGUCAGGCCAAAGCCCAUUGAGAAAUCCCAGUUCAUCCACAACAAUCUCAAGGACAUCUAUGUUUCCAUUGCAGACUAUGAAGGGGAUGAGGAAACUGCAGGGUUUCAGGAAGGUGUCUGUAUGGAAGUCCUCGAAAGGAACCCAAAUGGCUGGUGGUACUGCCAGAUCAUGAAUGGUGUGAAGCCAUUCAAAGGCUGGGUGCCCUCAAAUUACUUGGAGAAAAAGAACUAAUAUUGCAAUAUCUUUAACCUCCCUAAUUUAUACUGUUCCUGCUGUGUACGUGUGGAAAAAACAAUUGCUACACAAAAAGACGUUUCCCUGUGCUCCAGUUUGUGCAAAGGGACAAAGAAGUCUAUGCUGAGGACAAAUCUGCCACAUUCUGGAGAGGUUUGUGUUGUAAGCAACUAUGAGGAAGAUGCAGCAUAGUCAAAUGCCUUUUUGUGAAGUUGUUAAUAAUCUUGUAUGUGUAACAGGGUAUGACAUCCCAUCUUUCCCAUUAUUGAUAGGAAACCAAAUGUGUGCCUUUUGUGAGAGAGAAAUACACAUGUGUCUACUUGGGGAGUUUUGUGCCAAACUGUUUUACAAUCUUGGCUCCCUUUCUCCUUGUUUUCGCCCAUACGUGGAAUACCCAAGAGCUCUGGAUGUGUUUCCACAACUUACAGUGAGAAGCGAGUGGGAGUUUAUGAAACACAGAGGGACACUAAUCC